ACAUUCUGUCACAGUUUCACUGACGCUGCUCAGAUCAAGAACGUGGUCAUUUCCGAGUGUGACUGCGUAGUUCAACACCUCAGUUGGAUUCCUUGACUCCUUUUUCACUUCAGCGGGGUUUUUCUACAAACUUCCAAAGCAAAAUGUCCCACGUCAGCACUCUGGAUUUAGACCGAUACGACACCUUGGACAGAUCCCGUCGCUCCACAAGUCGCCCCCAGAGCAGGAACCAGGCCAGACACGGCGAGGUUAUGUGCGACUUCUGCACCACAAGGAAACAGAAGGCAGAGAAGUCGUGCUUGGUCUGCUUGGCGUCUUACUGCGAGACGCACCUCCAGUCUCAUUACGAAUACCCUGCCCUGAUGAAGCACAAACUGGUCAAAGCCACGGGCCAGAUGAGGGAGAAGAUCUGCGCUCAGCACGACAAACUCCUGGAGGCCUUUUGUCGCACCGACCAGACGUCGGUGUGUGUUCUGUGCAUGAUGGACGAGCACAAACAUCACGACAUUGUCCCGGCCGGAACGGAGAGGACUGAGAAGCAAAAACAACUUGGCAACACGUUGCACAAAUCCCAGCAGAGAAUUGAUGAGAGGGUCAAAAAGUGGCAGGACCUCCGACAAGCUGUGGAAUCUGUUAAACACUCGUCCGAGUCAGUCCUGGAGGAGAACGAACGCAUCUUCACUGAACUCCUCCUGUCCAUCGAGAGGAAGUACAACGAAGUCAAAGAGAUGGUCCGCCAGCACGAAAAGACCACCGUCAACCGUGGGGAAAUUCUUCUGGACCGCUUGGAGGAAGAGAUCACUCUGCUCAGGAAGCGACACACCGACCUGGACAAGCUCUCGCACACCGACGACCACAUUCACUUUCUGCAGAGCUGGCAGUCUCUGUCAGGCCCUUCAGGAUACGAGGACCUCAACAACAUCAGCAUCACUCCCAACUACUCCUUCGAUGCCACCAAGCGAGCCAUCGCUGCCAUGAAAGUACAAAUGGAGGAAGUCAGCAAGAAAGAGACGACUAAAAUCUCUACAGCAGUGAAGGAAGUCUACAUCACGGAGGAAAGCGACAAAAAAAUGAAGAGAGAAUCAUUUUUGCUUGAGUCGAGAGUUGCAGAAGAACCAAAGACCAGGGAGGAUUUUUUUAAAUACUCUUGUCAGCCCGUUCUGGAUGUCAACACCGUCCACCCGAACCUUCAUCUCUCUGAGGGGAACCGGACAGUUACAAUGAAGAAUGAGCGGAAAAAUUAUCCCGACCACCCGGAACGAUUCGACCACUGGCAGCAGGUGGUGUGUAAAGAGGGCCUGGCAGGAACCCGAUGCUACUGGGAGGUGAACUGGAAGGGUACGGAGAUCGACGUGGCCGUCACAUACAAGGGAAUAUUCCGUAAAGGAAACAACAACGUGUGCAGCCUGGGCUGGAACGACAAAUCUUGGAGCCUGUACUGCUCCGAGUCUAAAUUCUCUUUUGUGCACAACAAUAAGAGCGUGGACAUCCCCGUCCCGAGGUCAACGCGUAUCGGCGUCUACCUGGAUCACGCCGCGGGUGUGCUGGCCUUUUACAGCGUGUCAGAUGCCAUGCAGCUUCUCUACAAGGUUCACACUAGCUUUACUGAGCCUGUGUACCCUGCAUUCAGUGUGUGGGGGUACGGUAGCAGCAUUAGACUAUAGCGGAAUUCAAUUAUCGUUUUAGACAAGUGCAGUAGCAGGAUAUACAGCGGGGGAAAUAAUCUGGCACACUUACAGAAAGUGGAAGGCAGAUUCAUUUUAAUCAUACAAAUACUUAGCAAUUUAUACAUUUGUAUGAUUUUAGUUUAAUUUAGUUUGGGACCCGCCUCUCACAGUUAGAACAUAUGUACAUGCUGAUUAAAUUAUUAGAGCAUUGCAUUCUUUGUCAGUGCAAAGUCAGCAAGAAGUCAAAUAUUUAUUCCCAGUGAAGUUAAAUGUGACCUUUCUUUGUAUUCUAGUCCUAAUAGAAUCCCAGCAAUGUUUUCCUGUACUGAAUGUAAAUGACUGUAUCUGCAUUAAUAAAGGCUCGUAAACCCA